UACGCUGUCGUGAGUAUGUGAAGUUCAAUCUGUGUUGCUACAUGCCGAGCUGGCAAACCGGAUUUAUGUCGUCCAUGCCUAAAGACACAUCGAAAGACUUUUCUAUUCAGGAAUUACAGACAAAGUACAAGCUAGACAUCGAUGAAAUAUUUGAUCUUGCACAGACUUUUUUCAAUGAAAAAGCUGAAAAGGCUUUUCACUUAAGUUUUGAUGAUCGGAUUGAUCUCUCUGCUCUUAUGUGUGUAAAGAAGUAUGGAAAGUUUGACAAGUCUAAAACACCUGUCCCUGGAUUUCUCGACAUAAUUGGUCAAAGGAGAAAUGCUCGUUGGGAGGCCUUGAGCAAUAUGAAACCAAAUGAAGCUCAAACUAAGUUCAUAAAUAGAAUCUAUGAUUUAUGCCCAUUAUUCAUGUCGUAUUUAGAAGCCUAUUCACGCAGUAAAGGUAGUAUCGCUGGUCACUAUUCGAAAGAAAUAGAUAUUUCUUGUCCGAACGAACCUGUUUCCUCCAUUGGUAAUGGUAAUCAACAUUGUUUCACUUUGGAAAAUGAAGCUGAAAUUCGGGCAGCUUUAAAUGCCCAAACCGAAAGUCAAUUCCAAUCUUAUGCAUCCCUUCAUCAUCCUGACGAUCCUAUCAAGAGGGCUGAUCUUAUAGCUCAGUUACAAGAAAGACACUUCCAUGAGUAUGUUGCUUAUUUACAACGUCGAUAUUUGCUUAUUGAGCAAUCGCACCUUGAAUCGAAUUCACAGACAACGAAUACAAUAUCUUCGCAUGUUCCUAUCGCGAGUGAGUCAGCACAUGAAGCUGUACAGAUUGAUAAUGUAAACGGAGAUCAGACUACUUAUACUUCCACUGAUAUUCCUGCAACUGAAAUGAAUCAUACUGAGAAACAACCUCUGUUGAAUGGUGCAUCGAAAUCGGACGACGAUGUUCAACCAGCGAUUGACACACAGAAUCCAAUACCCUCUUGUGAUAAUAUCAACAGUGUGUCGUGCUCAAAUAGCAUAGAAGAAGCAACAGACAAUUCUUCGAGUGCUUUGGAGAACAAAGGUCCCAAGAUUGAUCCUUUUUCAGGUGCAUCUUUAGUAGUACACGCUCCUACCUUGUGGACACGUGGAGAAGUUAAAGAAUUCAAACAAUGCCUAGCAGAGGAUGAAGAGUCUGUAAUUCGAAUCAGUAGUGGAGAAGUCUAUUCAGUCCGUGUUCAGACUCAUCCAGCAGGAACAAGCAUAGUUUGGGAAUUCGCCACAGAUGAUUACGAUAUAGGAUUCGGUUUAUUUUUCGAAUGGGCUGAGCCAAUAUCUGAUCCUGAAAUUAUGCAGAAUCGUCACACUGUACCAGCCAACUCAAAUGAUGGCCAAUCAGACGUGUCUCAGAUUGUGAAUGCAGACGAGACUAACAUUUUGGUGGAUGAAAUUAUACCCGUUUCGCGCCGAAAUUCUCAAAGUGAAGUUUGCUGUGGAUCCCAUCUGUAUCCAGGUGCAGGAACCUACGUCUUCAAAUUCGACAAUUCCUUUUCCCUAUGGAGGUCCAAAACUCUGUACUAUCGUGUGUGCUACACAUAUUGACCGCUGCAUAUUACACUAUUAGAAAAACCUAUAGAGUUCGCGACAAUUUCAAAACCUUGGCUGUGCAUUAUACUUUCUUAAUUUGUUUCUGUAUUUCUACUUUUCUUUUGCGUUCAAUAGACACGGUUUCAAAUGCCUUUCUUUAUGUACUAAUAUAUAUAUGUAAACUCUGAGCAAUAUAUUUCAAGUAUGCACCAAAAUAAC